AUGACUGAAAGAAUCUCUUGCUUUAUGACUCGAUACAUUCCUCGUUGCAAUCAAAACAACAAACAGAUUGGAUCCAAAUCUCAUCAAUUUGACGAAGAAGAAGAAGAAGAAGAAGAAAUGUACGGCAAAACCAUAAGCAUCAUCGUCCUCUUCGUCUUCCUCAUUGCUUCCUACUCAAUCUACAUGGGCACCAUCGAUCCAACACCCUACUUCUCUCAGCUCGGUAAAGCCUCCUCUCCCUGUAACAGCACCACCACAGGGCCAGGCCAACCUCUCCGUGUCUUCAUGUACGACCUCCCACGCAAAUUCAAUCUCGCCAUGAUGCAUCCUAACAUCUCAGACGUCGAGCCCAUCACCGCCGAGAAUCUCCCUUCCUGGCAUCAGACCUCUGGGGUCGGGCGGCAGCACAGCGUCGAGUACUGGCUCAUGGCCUCGCUUCUUAACAACGGCCGCGACGAAGAGGAGAAAGAGGCGGUUAGGGUUUUUGAUCCUGAAUUGGCUGAUGCCUUCUACGUCCCCUUCUUCUCUUCCUUGAGCUUCAAUACUCACGGGAAGAACAUGACCGAUCCAGAUACUGAACUUGACCGGCUAUUACAGGUUGAGUUAAUGGAGUAUCUUGAGAAUUCAAAGUAUUGGCAACGUUCAGGAGGUAGGGACCAUGUGAUUCCGAUGACGCAUCCUAACGCUUUCAGAUUCUUGAGGCAACGAGUGAACGCGUCAAUCCUCAUUCUCGUUGAUUUUGGGCGUUACCCAAAAGAGAUUGCAAAUCUAGAUAAAGACGUGGUUUCGCCGUAUGUACAUGUUGUUGAGUCCUUCGCGGAGGAUGUUGUUGUUGUUGAUGGUGCUUUGGAUCCCUUUGAGGCUCGCAGUACGCUUCUUUACUUCCGUGGGAAUACGGUGAGGAAAGCUGAUGGUAAAAUCCGUAUCCGCUUGGAGAAGUUGCUAGCUGGUAACUCUGAUGUUCACUAUGUGAAAAGCAUACCAACAACGCAAAACAUCAAAGUGUCAACGGAAGGGAUGAGAUCAUCAAAAUUCUGUCUGCAUCCAGCUGGAGACACUCCAUCUUCAUGCCGACUAUUUGAUGCCAUCGUCAGUCACUGCAUUCCGGUAAUCAUAAGCGACAAGAUUGAGCUGCCUUUUGAAGAUGAGAUAGACUACUCAGAGUUCUCAGUCUUCUUCUCAGCGAACGAGGCGCUUGAGCCAGACUUCAUCCUCAGCAACCUCCGUCAGUUUCCCAAAGAGAAAUGGCUGAAAAUGUGGGAACAUCUCAAGAAUGUAUCUCAUCAUUUCGAGUUUCAGUUCCCUCCCAAGAGAGAAGACGCAGUUAACAUGUUGUGGAGACAGGUGAAACACAAGAUCCCUGAUAUCAAGCUCGCUGUACAUAGACACCGGAGGUUGAAAGUCUCUGAUUGGUGGCUCUGAAGAAUGGCAGUUUUUUUUCGCAAGGUUUAGCAAGUCUCUUUUUCAUUC